AUGAUGUCAAGAACUGUAUCAUCCUGGAUCUUAAGCUCAGCAAGGAACAGCAUUGUUUUACGGGGAAAAGGACGUUUGUACUCCAUCUAUAUCCCAAAUAGAAACAAGAUAAAAUGGAAGCUUGUUUUCUCCAAAACGUUCCUCCGUCCUGCUGGGAGCUGCAACUCAGACAAUACUUUCUCCUUAAAAAAAGCAUUCCGACACACUUCCACUGAGGAAGAACAUUUCUCUUUCCAGUUGUCUCCGUCCCAAAUCAAUGAUAUACUCAGAGCAGGUGAAUUAUCCCAUAAAAUACUGGGUUUAAAUGGUAAAAAUAUGAAUUCUGUGUUGAGAUUUGAAAGUAACCAGUUGGCAUCCAACACCCCUAUUGAAGACCGCAGAAGUGCAGCCACUUGCUUGCAGACCAAAGGGAUGAUGUUUGGAGUCUUCGAUGGUCACGCGGGUUCCGCUUGCGCUCAGGCGGUGAGCGAGAGGCUGCUUCAUUAUAUCGCAGUUUCUCUCAUGUCCCGGCAAACCUUGGAAGAGAUUGAGCUUGCUGUGGAGUGCAUGAAACCAGUUCUGCCUAUUCUGCAGUGGCACAAGCAUCCAAAUGACAUAGAGUAUCGAGAAAUAGCCUCACAAUAUUUUGAAAACCUCCGGGUAUACUGGCAGCAUUUACUGGACCUAGACACUGAGCCCGGAUUUAGUUUAGAAGAAGCCAUGAUAAGUGCAUUCAAAAGGUUAGACUCUGACAUAUCACUGGAAGUUCAGGCUCCCCAGGAAAAUGAGUUGAUGAGAAAUGUUGCCCUUCAAGUAGCUUUUUCUGGUGCAACAGCCUGUGUAGCUCACGUCGACGGCGUUCACUUACAUGUUGCAAACACUGGUGACUGCAGAGCAGUUUUAGGGGUUCAUGAAGAAGAUGGAACGUGGUCUACUCUCCCUCUAACCCGAGACCACAAUGCCUUUGAUGAAUUUGAAAUCAGAAGACUGAAGAGAGAACACCCAAGAUCUGAGGAGAAGACUCUCUUUGUGAAUGACAGAUUGCUGGGGAUUCUCAUGCCCUCCAGAGCUUUUGGAGAUGUGCAGUUGAAAUGGAGUAAAGAGUUGCAACACAGUGUUCUUGAGAAUAGCUGUGAUGUUGAAGCUUUAAACAUUUAUCAGUACGUUCCUCCAAACUACCAUACACCCCCUUAUUUAACUGCAGAGCCUGAAGUGACGUACCACAAAUUAAGAAGCAAAGACAAGUUUCUAGUUAUUGCUUCAGAUGGACUGUGGGAGAUGCUAAGUAACGAGAAGGUUGUAAAACUUGUUGCUGGACACCUUUCAGAGCUUAAUGUGCAGAAACCACAACUGGCUUUUGGGAAACCAGUUAAUUUGGGUUAUAUGCACAGCCUGUUACUUCAAAGGAAAAACAGAGGCAUUGCAUCCCUGGACCAGAACAUAGCUACUCACUUAAUAAGGCAUGCAAUUGGAAGUAAUGAGUAUGGGGAGGUGGACCAAGAGAAACUUGCUGCGAUGCUCACGCUGCCUGAAGACCUUGCGAGAAUGUACAGAGAUGAUAUCACAGUUACUGUGGUGUAUUUCAAUUCAGAAACAAUUGAAAACUACUAUGGAAACAAUUAAUAGAGACUUACACUGCUGCUGUUCUAUACUACUAGCCAACUUAGAUACUGAAACCGUUAGUGGUUUUCUCUGAUAGUCAAAAUGUUACCAGUGUUAUUGUCUGGAAGUUCCAAAAUCUUUUUGUGACU